AUUGGCUUACCCUGUGGGUAAAGAUUGGGGAAAAGUCACCGUUUCAAAUGUAGCUAAAUACUCGGUUGGCUGAAAUCCACCUGUGGUUUUGGCAUUUAGUCUUGCCAGAUUGCGUUUUAAAACCAUGAUGACGCUGUAGUCUGGUUAUCGCUGAUUACCUUGAAUGUGUGUUUUAAGCCGAUCGGCUGCUCCUGUGGUCUGAGCUUUCCUGGGCUACGGUAAGCCGACAGACUCUCUGACAGGUGCGUCAUUGACAGCAAAUAUGAGCCGCCUUCUGAACGUCCUCCGGAGCUGGCUGGUGAUGGUGUCCGUCAUCGCGAUGGGAAACACCGUGCAGAGCUUCAGGGACCACAGCUUCCUCUCAGAGAAACUGUACACGGGAACGCCAGAGUUUGUAAAUGGUCUCCAGGCUCGAACAUUUGGUAUUUGGACAUUGCUGUCGUCAAUCAUCCGCUGUGCCUGUGCCAUUGAUAUACAGAACAGAACGCUGUAUCACAUUACUUUAUGGACAUUUGUGUUGGCACUGGGUCACUUUCUGUCAGAAGCAUUCAUCUACAAAACUGCACCACUGACUAUUGGAGUGAUGGCACCACUCAUUGUUGCAAGUUUUUCCAUAAUAGGAAUGCUCAUUGGAUUCCAGUGUUUUCCAGAGACUCAGGAAGAAUUGGGAGCACGGCAGAAGAAGCGAAACUAGUUUCCUCCUUUUAUUGGCCGAAACCACCACCAGCACGCAGGCUUGGACCAGUAAUUGUGUGCCAGCUUUUGCAUCAUGAAAGAAGUUCACGUGUAAAUUGUUUUUUUGAGAGACUUUGUAUUUUAUCCUUCACAUCCUUUGUAUAAAUAUAUAUUUUAUUGACAGCGCAGUAGUGAGGGUGUUCUGGGUUUACGUACAUAACAUUCAAAGGAGCAAUAUUAUAAAAGGAUUAAGCCACAUAGUAAUCUGGAAUAUAAUGUUUUCACUUCAUCUCUAUUUUUUUUUUAUCAGUUCAGACUUACCAAAGACCUACAUAACGUAAAAGUGUUUUACAAGCACACACACACACUAGCCGUUUCUUGAUUUUUACCUCAGAAACAAACUUGAGGUUUUAUGAACUUGCAAUAAGAAAGCUAUUUAUCUGCAGAGCAACUCAGACAUCUUGAUUCUUAAGGUAUAAUUGUUUUUUGGGGUUUUUUUGCAUUAAUUUUAGGAAAUUAUCCAUGUUGUUCAAUAUUUGAAUUAAACUUCACAUUUUUGCCAUCACUUAUGGUUUUAUUUCAUCUUCUGAUGAAUAUAAAAUUCAAACAUGUACCAUAUGUUCUUCAUGACUCACAGAUCAAUCUAUUUUCAAAUAGGCACAAAAUACCCAAUUACCUAGAGUACAUAGAGGUUAAUUAUCUGGGGAUUCUAAGGUGUUUGAUCAAAUUUGAUUCCUAAAGAAACUGAGAGGUUCUUCAGAUAUUAAAUCUUUGCGUAAUUGGUUGAAAUUUUAUCCCAUUUUAGUAUGUUUUUUAAUGUAAUUUCCUGUUACCAUAUCUUUAUUUUGAUGGUGCUGUGUCAUCUAUUUCCUCCCCCAACAUAUCCCAAGAUGUUUAUAAUCUCCCUUAUGGUUCAUUUAUGUCUGUUUAAUGUUUGUUUUUUCACCUAAGUUUAUCAACUGCUCCUCAUGCAACCUGUUUUACCUGUCUUUGGGACCUGUUUGUGAUGGGAAUUUUAAUAUUAGUAGAUUAGUAUUUUGUUGCAUCUCCCAUGUCAUGUUUUUCCAAGAUCAUUUGAAUCCGUCUUAUGUACUGGUGCUUCCUAAAUCCCCAAUAUGUUCAUUAUGAAAAAUGUUUUGCAAAUUAAAAUUCUGAAAAAUA